AGUAAAGCUCACGUGACAAUGAGUCGAAGUCCCGUAUAAUCAAAUAAUGACAGAGGUUGAUUGGCUCUUCUCUACUUGCGUUCCUCCUGUCUUGCUUCAACUUGAAGAGUGGAUGGAGGAAUGCAUAAAGAUUUAUGAGGAAGAAUGCUCGAGAGGGAAAGACUCGUCGAGCCAACAGAAGUCGUUUGUACUGAAAUCAAAAGAUGUUGAAAAUUUAAGAGGCUUUGUUAACUUGCAAGGAAGUGUGAUUACUAAAGGAACAGUGAGGAUUGGUAAAGGAUCGCGCAGUGCAAAACAGGAUGUUAAACAUGACUUGAGUACUAAGACGCCGUGGUACAUCAGUCAGAUACGUGAAAUGAUAAGCAAUGUGAAGGCUGCUUUCAGGGCUCUUCAGGGAAGGCGAGUUCAUUUAGUGGACAUCAAAGAUGCUGUUGAGGUUACAAAGCUGGUGCUGGGCUACGUUCAUAAAGCUCAGAGUUGUUUGACGGUACCUCCUGAUGAUUUGAGGCAGCUAUGGGAGAUGAAAUCAAUGGUCACGUUCAAGCCUGAUUUGUCAACUUCUGAACUUAUUGUAUUUACAAUAAAUGCAAGUAAACUUGUUUUAUCGUACCUUACAUUUGCUGCUGUAUCAAGUUCUCAGGCGUCUGGGAAAGGCACAGUGGAGAUACGGGGUCAGCACUAUGAAGUGUCUCAACGUUUAAGUGUUGAUUGUGAUAUUCCUUGGAUCAGUCGUUUCUUGAAGAUAUUGCCUAUGGCUUUGGCAUCAUGUCAGCAGUUGCUGCAGAAAGUAUCACUCGCAUUAAAUUGAGUUGGACUGCUGGAAUAGGGAAACUUCAUUAACUGGAUGUAGAUAUGAUGCCGAGAACUUGAUGUAUAUAUGGCAAGGUCAAGAACUUGAUGUAUAUGACAAGGUCGCAACAUCAUGGUCUACUAAGUUGCUAAUCAGAGAGCAGUAAUUUAUAAACUUUAUUCUGUUAUCUGCUGUCAUAAAUCACUGAUAAUCAAACAAAGUAUACAGUAAUUAGCAUUUAAAUUUGAUUACUACCU